AUGGAUGCCGAACUUUCUUCGGGAAAUCGGUUCGUAAAGGCGUACAGUACGUGUGUCCUGGUAAUGCCAAUUGUCCUAUCGACAGAAACCAACCACUCAAAUGUCAGUAUUGUCGGUUUAAAAGGUGUCUUGAAGCGGGAAUGCGCAAAGAAGGUUUGUGUUUCUUGGUGUCUUGUGUCUUUUAAUACUUUUCGCCUACAUUGUAAGGUCCCUUUGUGGGAAAGGCUGUAUUUUGUAUUCACUUAUUACGGCCGAGUUUAUAUGGCUCAUUGA